AUGUCAAUAAUAGCUUGCUGCAAUGCUGCUGGAAAUUUUCUCAGCCCUGUUGUUAUUAUUAAAGGAGUAAAUAAAAAACCAGAAUUUCUUGAUGGUCUCCCUCAUGGUUCUGAUGUUUACAUGAGCAAGAAAUCAGCCUAUGUUAAUGCGGAGCUAUUUCAAAAGUGGCCAGUACAGCAUUUUAUACCACGAAAGCCUCAAGCUGAGACGAGGAACUGCAUGCUUACAAACAAAGAAAAAAAAAUUAACCGUUUAAUAGCUGGCAGGCUAAUUGGUAAUCUAUGGAUUCGAGCCACUACGCCUUCUAAUGCUAUUUCGGGCUUUAGGUCUUGUGGUAUUUACCCUUACAAUACUGCUGCUAUUCCAGAAAGUUUCUAUACAAUCUCCGAUUUGUCAUCAAGCAAUCCACUCCGGGAGGAACCACAAGAUAUCUUACCUGAAAAUACAUUACAAUUACCUGUUCCCUCAUGUAACAAUCCGUUGUUGCCAGAAUCAAACUGCAGCGAGGUUUCAGCUUUGGCUGAAACUCAAACAUCUACAAUAACAAAUGUUGACCAUACACAUGAUAAUACAACGAGAGAAGAAUCUCCAUCUCCUCUUUCCCAACUUCAUUGUUUGCAGCCAAAUGAAGAAGGCAUAAAGGAGACACCUAGCAAGUUAUUGCAAGAAUGUUCCCCUAUACCGAAAAUUCCGAUACCUUUAUACAAAAGAGGAAAACAAUCAGCUGCAGUAUUAAAUUCCAAAGAAAACAUAGCUAAUAAGAAAAUCAAAGGUAAAGCUACUCCUAACAUAGGGGAGCGCGGGGCAAUGGGAGCGAUCAGGUAA